AUGGAACCUUCCUCAUCCUCAACAACCCCCCGAACAAUCCUACCCCGUCCAGGAGCAACGCCCACCGACCCAUCAGCCCCCAGGUCCACCAGCGACCUUGGCAUCCCGCGGAAAUCAAAGGUCAUCUCAGCCUGCCAACCAUGCAAGCUGAAAAAGACAAAAUGCGACGGCGACCGCCCGGAAUGCGGGCCCUGCAUGUCAAAAGGCCGGAGCUGCGAGUACACUGCCCAGGGCAACAGGAACGAGGUCCUCAUGAGGCGGCAGUAUGCUCUGCAGGAGAACGUCGAGUCGUUCGUGGCGCUGUAUCGGUAUCUUCAGGACCGGCCUGCGAGUGAAGCUAGUGGUCUGUUUGGCCGGAUCCGCGAUGGUUUUGGUGUCGAAGCGGCGCUGGAGUUUGUGAAGAGUGAGGACAGUGGUUCUGCAUCAGCUUGUAGAGAUCCACCGAGUGCCAGGGUGAGAUGGAGCCAGCAGAUCUACCAAUGCAAUCUUCUCUUCGAGAACGAGCUCUUGGCAGCGGAGAUAUCGGAUGUCGCUAUCCAAGCCCUGCGAGAGGGCGUCGACUGCUACUUCUUGUACAUGGGCAACAUGUUUCCUAUCUACACAAGAAAGGAAGCCAAUGCGAUCCUCGAUACUUUCCUAGAAGCCAAGCCAGAUCAGGUUGGUAGCAGAAAAGUUGCAUACGGGAUCUACAACGUUAUCGCCAAGUCAUCAUUGGCAAUAUCUUACACAGAUUGGGGAAUCUUGCUUGGUUCCUCGAGCGGCCUCUCUGUUGGCAACAAACCGCCAGGUCUCUCGGAACAAGAAUACAACGGAUAUAUCAAGACUUUCACGGCACUUAUCACGAUACGGAGUUGGGUUACAGCUACUCUCGGGAAUAUUCCCAGCCCCGAGAUCUCUCGAUGUAUCCACGAUACAAGAGAGCAGAUCGACAAUACCGGCGCUCUUGACUCCGCAGCCGAGGACCCCGUUCUCGGAGUCUUACAGCAGAAGAUGGCCCAGAUCACAGUCCUCAAAGCCAACGUUGUGCGGACAGUGGCAUCCUUCAGAGUGUUAUCCCCCAUGAUCCUGCGACAGAUGCAUGACGAUCUUGAGUUAUGGCGAUCUAGCCUCCCGGCUUACAUGCAUCUCGAGUCAUUGGUUCACACGCCAGCGAUAUCUCCUGACCAGCGCCGUGUGACGUUCUACAUGCACCUGUUCUACAUGUCAGCGCUGAUUCUCAAAACUCGGGCUGUGCUUGCAACUCAGAGGGGGGAUAUAGCCACGUGUACCUGGGAUCCAGAAGCCAAGGCUGCUAUCUUCGAUGGCAUACACGGUGCUCGGAGCUCAGCGCGACUUCUUGGACUGAUACUCGAAGAGAAAGCUGUGGUGAAGAACUGUUGGCUCACCAUGUAUCAAUGCUAUGUCACUUUCUUGAUGCUGAACUUUACGGCUAUCAAGAGUUUCCUUGUCGGGGGUAGUGCAGCAUUCAGGAAGCAAGAUGUGACUCUUUCAAGGAUUUGUAUCGAGAUUCUUGCGUUAUGCGCUACAAAGGACAGGAUAGCGCACAGCUUCCAUACUCGACUGACGCGAUAUCAGGAGAUUAUAAAAGGCCACCUGCCAGAAUCUUCAGAUAACAUAACCCAGGAUUCGAGCCUGUACGAAGAUGGACCGCUGGACGACGACUCUUACCUAUUCAUCGAAUCCACCGGCGACCCCAGACUUCAUCACUUGUUGCAUGAGCUCCGGGAGUUACUAUGCUAUCCUCUGACCCUAUUGAAGGGAGGUUCUGAUGCGAAUCUGCCUUAUCCUACUAUUGUCGAAGCAUCCGUCAAUGCGGAUAUCAACUUUGCGCAUCACCUUGCCUCGCCGUUUAACAUGGCUGAAGAUGAGGUUCCGAGUGGAUUAUUUCCUCCUGAAGAUAGUCUCAAUGAUUAUGAGGCGGGGACAGAGGGUUAUAUAAGCGGCUCUGUGCCUUUUGGAUGGGAUGUCUCUGCGUGGAGACGAGAUCCCGGAGUCGGAAGCCUGGAUAAUAAUUGA